GGACACGUUCUCACUGAUAGUUCACGGACGCACGUGAAAAGACCAUCGAAAUCUAAUUAACAGCGUGGUGUCUGUGUCUCUAAAAGAGAUCGCCGUUUGAGUAUUAUCGUUAAUCCAUUUUCCGACAGCUGUGCUUCUCUUGAAGCCUACCAUUUUUGUUUUGGUUUUUUUAAGUACCUGUUAUCCACUCUAAAUUAAUUAUGGCUGACUUUUUGAUCACUGGUGGAACGACUUACGUUCCAGAGGACGGACUCGUUGGUUCGUCUUUGUUCAACGUUGGAGAUGGACUUACAUACAAUGACUUCAUCAUUCUUCCUGGAUUCAUUGAUUUUGCAGCUGAAGAAGUGGACUUGACUUCUGCCCUGACAAAGAAGAUCACUCUGAAGGCUCCUCUCGUUGCCUCCCCUAUGGACACUGUCACUGAAUCUGAAAUGGCCAUUUCUGUUGCAUUGUGUGGAGGCAUAGGAAUUAUUCACCACAACUGUAGCCCGGAUUAUCAGGCCACUGAGGUUUCCAAGGUGAAAAAGUACAGACAUGGAUUCAUCAGAGAUCCUGUUGUAUUGACAACUCAGCACACUGUUGGAGAUGUCUUGGAAAUCAAGAGAAAAAAAGGCUUUUGUGGCAUCCCUAUCACAGAAAAUGGGCGCAUGGGAGGCAAACUAGUUGGCAUAGUCACUUCAAGAGACAUUGAUUUCUUGGAAAAAUCAACAGAUAUUCCACUUGAACAUGUAAUGACCAAAGCAGAUGAUUUGGUAACCGCCCCGUCCGGUGUCACUUUGCAAGAGGCUAACGCUAUAUUGGAAAAAUCCAAGAAAGGCAAACUACCCAUUGUCAACGAAUGCGGUGAGCUAGUGAGUCUCAUUGCUCGAACUGACUUGAAAAAGUCGCGAGAGUACCCGUUUGCAUCAAUGGAUCCAGGAAGACAACUACUCGUUGGUGCUGCAAUUGGCACUCGUGAAGCUGACAAACAAAGACUGCAGCUCUUAGUCCAAGCGGGUGUUGACGUCGUUGUCCUGGACUCAUCUCAAGGCAAUUCGGUUUUCCAAAUCGACAUGAUUCAAUAUAUUAAGCAACACUAUCCCGAUCUUCAAGUAGUUGGUGGCAAUGUUGUAACAGCUGCUCAGGCCAAGAAUUUGAUCGAUGCUGGUGUGGAUGGUUUACGAGUUGGUAUGGGCAGCGGAUCGAUUUGCAUCACGCAGGAAGUGAUGGCUGUCGGACGCUCGCAAGGCACUGCCGUGUACAAAGUAGCUGAAUAUGCUCGCCGCUUCGGAGUUCCAGUCAUCGCUGACGGAGGCAUUCAAUCUGUUGGUCACAUAAUCAAGGCACUUUCGUUGGGCGCCUCUACGGUAAUGAUGGGGUCAAUGUUGGCCGGAACGACUGAAUCUCCUGGCGAAUACUUUUUCUCUGAUGGUGUUAGACUGAAAAAGUACCGAGGAAUGGGUAGCCUUGAAGCUAUGGAGAAGAAGGACGCCAAAGGUGCGGCAUCCAGCCGUUACUUCCAUCGUGAAUCUGACAAAAUCAAAGUGGCGCAAGGUGUCAGCGGUGCCAUUCAAGAUCGUGGAUCUGCUUUGCGAUUUCUACCUUAUCUUCAGACAGGCAUUCGUCAUGGUUGUCAGGAUAUUGGUGCUCGAUCUCUAUCUCAUUUAAGGGCCAUGAUGUACUCAGGAGAACUGAAGUUCGAACGCCGUACUCCUUCGGCUCAAAUGGAAGGAGGUGUUCACGGCCUCUAUUCGUACGAGAAACGCCUAUUUUAAACAAGAAGAUACGGAAUCCAGUCAACAGCUUUAAUCCACAAUGCUCAGCUGAUAUUAACUAAUUCUGGAGCCACAAUUUAAACUUGAAUUGGAGCUCGGCCAAAUUGAAGAUGGGAAAUAUUCUAUUCCAAAGCCAUGGGUUUCACUUCCAAUCUCAAUUAACGAAAAUCCAAUUCAAAUUUGACCCAUAGCUCUUUCGACUGACCAUUUCGGUGCACUUGUGUAGGUACACCUGUUCACCUCUUGUCCGACUUGUUAUCGGCACAUUCCCUAACACUGUGACAAACAUAAUUUUGGUUUUCCUCUAGAAAAUCAACCCUUUUCCUUAAUUAAUUCUAAAUGGUUAUUUUUUGAAAUGAGAAGUUUCAAAUUUGGUCGUUCUAUCAGAAGUGUAUAACUGUGUUAGUUUCUCAGCAUGUCCUGUUGACCACUUUUCAGAUUCCCGUGCAUUGAGAACAAUGAAACGAGACUGAAUAUCUUUGUUUAUCUUUAUAUUUCUGUGGAAAGAAAUAUAGAUUUAUAGUGGAA